ACCCAGCCCCUCCCAAGCCCCGCCUCAAACGGCUCUUGUUUCUGCACCAGCCCCAUCUCUCCGGCUGGGGCCCAGCUCCUCACUGUUGCCAUGCUGCAAAUGGACGAUUCGGUGGAGCCGGAGGUGGCGGUGCUCCCCACCGAUGGCAUUGCGGGAUCGAGUUUCACGGCCGGAUGUUCCGCAGGUACCGAGCUGCCACCCUCGCAGCCUGCGGCGGGCGCAGUUAGGGGCUCGGAGAGCGCGGUUCCCCCAGCUUGUCGGACUGAGACUCUGACACCGUUCAGUGUGAAGGAUCCCACUCUGCAGGCCAAGAUCAAGGACUACUUCGUGUUCAGGCCUGGAACCAUUGAACGGGCUGUUUCUGAUAUUCGAUCUAUUGCCAUGCCAACAGAAGAUGGAGGUGUGCAGAGUGUCUGGCUACUGACUGAGAUCGACCAUUGGAAUAAUGAGAAGGAACGACUGGUAUUAAUCACAGAACGAUCCUUGCUCCUUUGUAAGUAUGACUUCAUCAGCCUCAUCUGCCGACAGGUUAUUCGAAUCUCACUCAACGCAGUGGAUACCAUUUCAAUUGGAGAGUUUCUCUUUCCUCCAAAGUCUCUGAAUAAGAGAGAGGGACGUGGGAUUCGCGUUCAGUGGGACAAGCAGGAUAGACCUUCCUUUAUUAACCGCUGGAAUCCGUGGUCCACUGACAUGCCUUAUGCCACCUUCACUGAACAUCCUAUGGCAAAUGCAGAUGAGAAAAUUGCAUCCCUCUGCCAGCUUGAGAAUUUUAAGACCCAAUUAAUCCAAGCUGUGAAGAAAGCUCACAAAGAAGCACCACUGCCAGGCCGGGCCAAUGGAGUACUGAUCCUGGAGCGGCCCCUUCUCAUUCAGACCUAUAUUGGUCUAAUGUCUUUCAUUAACAAUGAGGCCAAGCUGGGCUAUUCAAUGUCAAGAGGGACAAUUGGCUUUUAAACCAAAGGUUUUAAGCUUUGCUAUGCCAAGUUGGUAGGAUCUUUCUCCACCUUUUAUGGUAUUUUACAUUGCUUUUUCUGCACCUUUCAAUUUCUAUUAAUCUAAACUUCAGUCAGGAACUAAGCAGUUUGGGUGCAUAAUAUCAUGGAGUUGGAUAUGUCAGAUAAAGUUGCAUUCUAUUCUGAGAGCACAUUAUUUACACUGCAGCAUGUGGUUAUUGUGUCAUUUUUAAAAACAAAUUGCUCCAGAAUUAUUUAUAUUAUUCACAAAAUAUAACCUUGCAAUCUGGAAAAUGAUGAGUCCUGCUUGUAUUGUGGAUGUGUUAUAAUUUUUGAUGGACGUGCUUCCUAUGCCUCAGCAUUUCUGCUUUUGAAAUCUCAUGGAAACAAGGAAUGUUGGAAGAGUGGAAUCCUGUUAUUUCCACUGGGAGAAAAUUAAGGUCUAUGUUGUAAAGAAAGUGAGGAAUUUGUGGGUUACUAAACUAACUACCUUUCACCUUCAAAUAUAGCAGAGACUGUAGUUUCUUUUUUUAGAAAAGAUGGAAUCAAGGAUUCACGUUCAAUCUAGGUAAUAAGAAUAUCUUCUGAUAGUUGUUGCAGAGUAAGGGCACUGUCAGUUGAGUAUGCAGCAGCUGUAAUUCUCGUUAAAAGUAAACUGAUUUUAGUCGCUACUUCCAGGGGACUGUGGACAGCUACUAUAUGCAAUUACCAGUUGUUACAGGUUUGAAUUGACGGCCAGGUGUGAUACUACUAUAGCACCUUUUACAUAGUACUGCCAUUAAUAUAGUCUAAAUAAUUCUUGUGGAGUUGUAAAUAACUUCACAUUACAUGUUGAAUAGGAACGGUUGUAAUGCUAUAAUACAAACCAGAACAGGUGAUAAAGGCAAAAUUGUCAACUUAAAAUUAAUAGCCAUAAAUCCUUAAGCUGGAAUUUUGAAUACAACCAACACACUCCCAGUCUACAGCAAUUUGAUGUCUCAUUUUCCUGGUGCCUUCUGUUGAAUAAGAGUUUCCAGAUUGAUUCUGAGGCAGAACUUGCAUUAAAUGUGCAAUUUAACAUUACAGACUAUCCUCUAUCUCCAUAUUCUUUGCACUUGAGGAAAUGUAUUUGUCAUUUAGACGAAAAGUAAACUAUGGAAUACAAAACACCAGAGGCAGAAUAUUUGUAGCCUCUUUAUUGACCUCUAUGAAGUUAGCUGGUGUUUAUUUAGCAGCAAAUAAACUUUGUAAUUUAAAAUAUAUAUUGUUUUAUGCAAUAAGAUGUUCUGUACUUAGUUACUGUUUUUUAGUUGGAAACAGCAUGAGAUUAAUUGGUUUGAAAUUAAGUGGUAACUGUAACCAAAUAUGGCUGCCAUUGAAACUGGCUAAAACUUCACUUUAAAUAUCUUGCUUAGUUUAACAAGCCCUGUAUUUACUAGCUUAUCUGUACUUUUUAGUUGUGUGUAUAAUUGAAUGUCUCUGCUGUGUGUAUUUAUUCUCAAAUUGACAUAUUCUGAUACUAUUUUAAUAAGUCUGUGCAAAUACUGAAAACACUUCUAAAUUCAGUUCCUUUUAAAACAUUUUAAAAGGAACUUUGUGUCGUGAACUUGUUCAGUUGAUUGAAACCACCAGCUGACCACAAUGUGCAACAGUACUGGAAUCAUGCAUUGUUAUUUACCAACAGUUUUAAUUUGUAACAGUGCCUCAUUCUUGAGGUGAAAUAGUUACACAACAAACAUGACUCUGUAUCUUGAUUGUAAUCCAGAAAUGUGUGAUUCAUUGUCAGGAAGCUGUUUUCGUUACAUUACAAGGUGUUGGAAUUGCAUGAUUAGAACAGUUAACUAAGGGCUGGAGUUUCUAACUCAAUCUAAAAUAGCGACCCACUCUAAAUGCUGACUAAUAGUGAUAAGUAGGAAUGUAAUGGUGCAGUGGUUGUGGUACUGAACUACCAAUUUAAGAUGCCACAAGUUCUAUUUCAGUCAUGAAUUUAAAUUUAAAUGUCUGGUAUAAUCAUAAUAGACCACAAAACCUAUUAUGAUUUUAAAAAACUGAUUGGGAUCAGGUAAGUAAACAUGACAGCCCUUUUGAACCUGGCCCCUGGUCCUAGACAAAUGGCUGAUGGGUUUAUUCCAAAAUGACCUGUAAGGUUUGUGUUACUUUGUUAAAAAGGUAUCUGCCCUUCAAAAGGUAACCCAUUUAAAGGUUAAGGGUUGGAAGAGAAAUAAGAAUCUAUGCUUUAAUCUUACUGGGAUACAAACCACUCCCCCAACAGUGAUUUCAAAAUGAGCAGUAAGGGUUUAAAGCUCAUUGCUACAGGAUAGAGGGAAACCUACACCAUACUCUACAAUAAGAAUUCAAUACAUUUUAAUCUUGAAGUCUGUAAAGAAAAUGGAAAUAACAAGCACAUGUAGCUCUGGUAUCAGUAUUUGACUAUGCUCUGUACCAUAACAUUUUUUUAAAAAUUAAAUGAAGCAUGCUUAUUAAAUCCAGAAAUUGGAAUGAUUAAGAAAAAAUGCUUAGACUGACUUAAAGUGUAGUCCAGUGUUUUGAAGCAUUUUUCUGUAUUUUGUUUAAAGCCAUCACAAAUGCAAAUAAAAUUUUUAAGUAGGCAAAA